AUGGAUCCAACGACAUGCUCAAUAUUACUAGUGAGCCGAUUUAAAACACGAUCGUCAUCACCACCGCCGCCAACCUCGCUUUCUGUAUAUGACUCCAGUGAUGAAUUGGAUGAAUGUAAUUCUCUUACUGAAGUUCAACGCGUAACGAAUAAGAAAUCACCAACGAGCCCAUCAAAAUCGAUUAUUCUUCCUGGCCCUGAACUUAAAAAGUCACAAUCGGUAAAACUCACAAAUAUAUCGCUCGCCGAUUCAAGUCCAAAAAAAGCUGUUCGUUUUGCCGACGAUUUCGGUUUAGCUCUAGAUCAGAUUCGAUUGAUUAAAACCGAUGAAUUACCACGUGUUCCCAGUGGAGCCUUCAAAGAUUUACAAAUUUAUGACUACGAAAAUUCAUUUAAUUCCGAACGAUCCAAAGUAAUCAGCUAUAUGCAACCACAAUUUGAAAACCCGAUUCAUGCUAUUGAUUUUCACAAUCGUCUUUCACAGCAGAAGAUUCUUCUGGAACAAGCGAAUGCUAUUGAUAAUCGAAUCUAUGGCACUGUAAAACUGAUUUCUUAUGGUUUACAUAAACGUGUGAAAAUUCGUUUAACAGCCGACAAUUGGUUGUCUUCGAAGGAGUACGAUGCUUCUUAUAUAUCAAAUUCUUACGAUAGCACCUAUGAUCGAUUCUCAUUCACAGUCGACAUCGAACGGCAGCGAAUAUGUGCUGGGAACAACAUUCAAUUUUGUCUUUGUUAUGAACCAUUCGGCGGUUCACAAUAUUGGGAUAACAAUUACCAACAGAACUAUCGAUUUGACUGUUUGUCAAGAAUAAUACCCGAUUUUACUAGUUAG